UGAUCUUCAAAUACAAUGGGUGCAGUUUUAGGACUUUGUUCAGCAGCUCAGCUGGCAUGCUGCUGCGGCAGUGCUGCUUGCUCUUUGUGUUGUUCAGCAUGUCCAUCAUGCUCCAACUCUACUUCUACACGCCUCAUGUACACUCUCAUGCUUCUUUUGGUAAUGGUAGUGGCAUGUGUUACUUUAGCACCAGGAUUACAUGACCAAAUGAAAAAGGUACCAUUUUGUCAAAAUUCGACAGGAAUAGUACCGGGAACCUUUAAAGUUGACUGUGAUCAAGCUGUUGGCUAUUUGGCAGUAUACAGGAUUUGUUUUGCAACAUGUCUAUUCUUUAUUCUCAUGGCGCUAUUAAUGAUAGGAGUAAAAUCAUCAAAGGAUCCACGAGCUGGCAUUCAAAAUGGAUUCUGGGGUAUCAAAUACUUGGUUGUUAUCGGAGGCAUCAUUGGCGCGUUCUUUAUACCUGAAGGACAAUUCGCCUCAACUUGGAUGGUGUUUGGAAUGAUAGGUGGCUUUUGUUUCAUUGUCAUCCAACUUAUACUGAUAAUUGAUUUUGCUCACUCGUGGGCUGAAAAAUGGGUUUCAAACUAUGAAGAAUCACAAUCUCGUGGUUGGUACUCUGCUUUGUUACUCGCAAUGUUGACAUGUUAUGCACUUACACUCACUGGGAUUGUUCUUCUUUAUGUUUACUAUACUAAGCCUGAUGGAUGUGAUCUGUCCAAGUUUUUCAUUUCGUUCAAUCUCAUUCUCGUGGUGGGCGCGAGUGCCAUCUCCAUCUUACCGUCAGUUCAAGAACACCAACCGCGCUCCGGUCUCCUACAAUCUGCUGUUGUAUCUCUUUAUGUGAUGUAUCUCACUUGGUCUGCUCUGUCUAACUCAGCUGGUGAAUGUAAUGCCAGUAUCUCCGAAACAAAUCAGUCAUCAUUCGAUAAGCAGUCUAUCAUCAGUCUUGUAAUAUGGGUAUGCAGCGUUCUCUACUCUUGUGUGCGAACAGCUUCUUCUUCGUCGAAAUUAACUAUGUCAGAACAUAUUCUGGCCAAGGAAGGUGCUGCAGGCCAAGGAGGGCUCAUUGCUAACGAAGAGGGCGACGGCGGCGAGGCGGGCCAAGAGGAGACCAAGGUGUUUGACAACGAGGGGGAUGGCGUCGCCUACUCCUGGACCUUCUUCCACAUUGUGUUUGCAUUGGCCACUCUGUAUAUCAUGAUGACACUCACCAACUGGUACAAUCCAAGUUCCCAGCUAUCAAAGGAAAACGUGGCGUCUAUGUGGAUCAAGAUCACAUCGUCGUGGCUCUGCGUAGGCCUCUACGUGUGGACCCUGGUCGCACCCGCCAUGUUCCCUGAUCGUGACUUCAGUUAAAAGAGUAUUCUAACGUAAAAAUUUCGAGAUUCAUCUAAGUAGUUUUAGCUAUAUCUUAUAUUCAUGGAUCUCAUCUUUAAUCUUGAAUUUAUUGUCAUUAAUUAAAAUAAUUCUUCGAAAAUUGUAUUUUCUAGCUUUAUCUGUGUGUACUGUCUUUUCAUUCCACAAUUUUCUUCUCUAAACUAGCAUUAAUAUUGGAUGCUUUAAAAAUUAUUAACCUCAAAUACGAAAUUUAUGCAAUUAUUUUAUUCUAUAGUUUAAGUGAAGUUGUUAGUUUGUAAAUUUUUUUAACCUCUAUUAUACUUUGUUUAGUCAAUAAAAUCGUUCGUACUCAA